AUGCACAGAGGUUGCAAAAAAGAAAUCUACUUAAAGAACCCAGAGGAAUCCUUUGGUCAUUUUUCACACAGGAUCAACAGACAUUCAGGAGGAGCCUCUGCUCUAUGUGGGUUUCUGAGUUUCCACCUGCAAAAGUCCUCCGGAAAGGCGCUGUUUAACCUGAGCUGCAGCCAUCUCAAUCUUGCUGAAAAGGAAUAUUUUGGAUUGGAAUUCUGUAGCCAUUCUGGAAAUAAUGUCUGGUUGGAACUUCUGAAGCCUAUUACAAAACAAAUUAAAAAUCCUAAGGAAGUUGUUUUCAAAUUUAUGGUGAAAUUUUUCCCAGUGGACCCUGGACAUCUGCGGGAAGAGCUUACAAGAUAUCUCUUUACUCUGCAAAUAAAGAAGGAUCUGGCAUUAGGAAGACUCCCAUGCAGUGACAACUGUACAGCGCUGAUGGUGUCUCACAUCUUGCAAUCAGAGCUGGGAGACUUUCAUGAAGAAACAGAUAGGAGCCAUCUGGCGCAAACCCGGUACUUACCAAAUCAAGACUGUUUAGAAAGCAAGAUCAUGCACUUUCAUCAAAAGCACAUUGGCAGAAGCCCAGCUGAAUCAGACAUUCUUCUACUGGAUAUAGCAAGGAAGCUGGACAUGUAUGGGAUCAGGCCACACCCUGCCAGUGAUGGGGAAGGCAUGCAGAUCCAUCUGGCUGUGUCUCACAUGGGAGUACUGGUGUUACGGGGAAACACGAAGAUCAAUACCUUCAGUUGGGCUAAAAUUCGCAAGCUGAGUUUUAAGAGAAAGCAUUUUCUUAUCAAACUUCAUGCCAACAUCUUGGUGUUGUGCAAGGAUACCUUGGAGUUCACCAUGGCCAGCCGAGAUGCUUGCAAGGCUUUCUGGAAGACUUGUGUGGAAUAUCAUGCUUUCUUCAGACUUUCUGAAGAACCCAAAUCCAAGCCCAAAACCCUGCUCUGCAGCAAGGGCUCCAGUUUCCGCUAUAGUGGAAGAACCCAAAGGCAACUCUUGGAAUAUGGGAAAAAAGGGAAGCUGAAAAGCUUGCCAUUUGAAAGGAAACAUUACCCAUCUCAGUACAAUGAACGACAGUGCAGGUCCUCGCCAGACCUUCUCUCUGAUGUGUCAAAACAGGUGGAGGAUCUGAGAAUUGCAUAUGGCAGUGUGCACUACCGGAAUGUGAAUGGAGUGCACGCAUCUGAACCUACGCUAGACAGUAGGAGAAGGAACUCUGCAGUGGAGGUGACCUUUGCAGCUGAGCUGGAGAGGUCCAAACCAGAGGCAAAUCCACCCACAUUACACCAGUCCCAGAGCAGUUCCUCCUUCCCUUUUAUUUACACAGACCCUGUCUUCAGCACCGAUCCCGAUCCUGAUGACUCUGACCCCAGAGACUACUUUGAGGAGAGGAGUCCUCUGAGUUCCUUCCAAACGGGGUGUAAGUUUGCCGACAGUCACAUAAGCAAACCUUCUGGCCUUACCAGCAAAGUGAGCCCAGCAAGGCAGCUGACAUACACAGAUGUGCCCUAUAUUCCUUGCACUGGUCAGCAGGUGGAUAUUAUGCCACCCCAAGUGUUUUUUUAUGUGGACCGACCCCCUCAGGUGCCCAGGCGAUCUCCAAUAAUGGGAGAGGAAAGGGAAAGCCCAGACAGCUAUCUAGAACCCACUGCAAUGAAGCCAGCCAAAAGAAGUCCUAGGAACAUCAGAAUGAAGAGAUUUCAGCAAGACUUUCAUGAACUCCAAGAAACUAUGGCCAGGACGAGUGGAGAGAGCAGCAUCAAUGUACAUCAAGAAGAGGAUGACUCAAAUUUAGAAGAUGUAUUUGCAUAUAAUACUGAAGAGCCAAUCCCUAAACGGUCUCAGAGUCAAUCAGACAUGAAAAUGAUCCGUUUUCCUUUUGGGUCUGAAUUUAGACCUUUAGGGCCUUGCCCUGCUCUGAGUCGUAAAGCUGACCUAUUCACAUACAUGUUUACAGAGCAGGAUUUUCCAAACGUUCUAAUGGAUCAGGGAACAACAGAAAGGUAUGUAGCUAGUGAAUCCAGUGAUUCUGAGUCAGAGAUUCUUAAAACAGACUACUAUUCUUUAUAUGGCAAAGGAAUGAGAUCGCCCAUGGCUAGAAUCCGCCUAUCUUCUGGUAGUCUCCAGCUAGAUGAAGAAGAUGAAGAUGUUUCAUUCAAUGCACAAGCUGCCGAAAACAGGACUUUGCUAAAACCAUGUAAUUACUUUUUAGCUUGAGGAGUGUGAAGAGUAUGAAAACUUCUGGACAGGUUCCAUAUCACCAAAUGGGGGGUGGGCGGGUGGGUGAGAAUACAGGACUGUUUUACCUAAGUCAUUUUCUUAGCUAAGUUUCAUUGGUAUAUAGGGAGUCUUCUAAGUUUGGGCACCUUGAUUUUGAAAGAUGCAGCUAAUGCCUCAUUCCUCGAACUCCAUUCUUCUGAUCCCUCUGAUAGGACUCAAGAACAUUUCUUCACCUCUUGAGCCUUGUGGUGGCAGAGAAUUUAUCAUCUCCAUUACACAUUCCUCAUAGGAACACUGACAUGCAGGCUCUGCAACUCUAUGUUAAACAGUAUGUUUGCCUAUAGAACUGACUUCUGAUAUCACUUAAAGAAACCUAGCAAAAAGUAAACAUGUUGGUCCUUUUUGUUCUCAAACAAUGCUAUGACUCAUGGUUUCAGUCCUCAUUACUUGUGUGGGAACAAGUAAAAAGUCAUGAUAGAUGUUAAGGAUUUCAAGUUUUAUAAGGUAUGUUAAGGGGAGCAUGCCCUUCCUACGCCUUAGGAACAAGGUUAAGUCCUCUCAACAGAACCCAAGUGUAUCAUUCAUUGAAUAUGGGGCAGAGUCCUAAGCCUUUGAAAUUUAUGAAACAAUCAAUUUUUAAAGUCACAUAUAUGCCUGAUGAGAAUAUUAUGAUGUUUGACUUACAACUUAACUGUUCUGAACUAUUAUGUGUUGUAAAAGAUAGUAAGAGAUACCAUGCUGGUUUAUGUUACAAGAAUUUAAUUUUUGCCCUUAUUGCAUGUAUGUAGAAAAAGAAAUGAAAUGAAUCCCAGUUUAAUAAAGAGUGUUGGACAUUC